AGUUUCUACUUUGCUUGCGGGAAAAACAUAAAAAUACUGCGGAAAAGUAAUAAUAAAUAAAAAAACAUAGUAUAUUAUAGUUUUUCAAAAGCCUUUGCAAGUCUGAAGUAUCGAAGAUUUGGAAAAUAAGCGCUUGCAGUUAGAAAAAUGAUGAAAAGGCGUUGCAAAUGGUUAAGAAAAUUUUUUGCGGAAGUAGUUGUAGAAAGUGUGAUAAAUAAGUGAAAAUUAUUGGAUUUACACUGUAAACAUAAAUAUUAGGCAGGCUUAACAAAUAUUUAUAAAAAUACUUAAGAUCUGAGUGAAUAAUCAAAACCUUAAAAAAGUUUAAUUGAAUUAGCUCAACUAGAAAAAUCUAUAAAUUUAUAUUCUUGGCCCGUGAAAGUAGAGCAAGGGUGAAAGGGGCAAAGAUGCAGAAUAUGUGCGGAACAGAAAGAGUGUGAAGAGAACAAAUAAACAAGACUGAGUAGAGUACCAGCUGACGAGCGUGAGAAGAAUACUGUGAGCAAAACAAAUGGCACAAAAACGUGCCUUUGGAGCUUAUGAAGCAAUAAUAUAUAAGCUCCACGCUUAAAUGCAAUACCGGCGUGACAAGCAAAUAAUAUAAUAACAACUCAAGGCAACUUGCAUAUGCUGGCUAAAGAUAUGGGCUACAAAGUGAACGGGGAGGGUGAUAACAACGCCAAAGGUCGUAGUAACGGUCGUGGGGUAGGAGAUGACGACGAUGGGGGCGAUGAAGAAGAGAGUAACACGUUUUAUGAGGCAGUCAGUGAACCGGAUCUUUGCUUAGACACUCUUAAAAUAACGAAUGACGUCACGUCUGUAAACAAAACGUCGAGUGCAGCGGAUGAGGAGGAAGAAGCAGAAGAGAUCGAGGGUGCAUGUUGUUUACUACAGGUGACAGAUGUUAUUGACACUGAAACCACUUCUUCUUUGUUUGCUGAUACAUCGAACGAGAUUCCCGAAGCUGUUGUCGUUGACACCAGUUGCAUUUUGUUAGGUGAUCAACGGAAAGAAUAUAUGGAAAUUAAAGAUACGCUCUUUGCGGAAGAAAGUAGUGAAUCACGAUCGAAACGUAAUAAAAAUUUAAAAGAUUUUAAUAAAAUAAAUCAAACAAUUAUGCCUGAUGAUCUACAACAAAAACAACGCCAACAAACUUUGCUUACAACUAAGUCAUGUGAAACUCCUGCAACUACUACACUUUCGCCAACAAAUUCACACAGCGACAGCAGUAGCGUGAGUGGUGGUGCACGCCGUAAGUCCUGGAGUCUUUCACCACAAAACAACGAUUAUACACCACAAAGUGGAGCCAAGAAAAAAAUUAAACCUGCAAGUCAAAAAUCACCAACUGCACCGUUAACAAAAGUUACUGCUGCAGAAAAUCUAAAUUUAUGGGUUGCGCGAGAAUGUUUUGAAAGUGUACCAGCUGAAAUGGUUUAUGAGGUAGAAAAUGAUAUUGUAACGGUGGAUGAUGAGGAAGCGGCAGUCGAAAGCUUACUCGGUGCAGCUGCUGCUUUCCAACCCAACACUAAUGUUAAGGGUGUGCAACGUAGGCAAAAACAUUUACGCCAACCACAACAUCGACCAUUGGAACGUUCGUGGCCACCUAGAGCUGUUGGAAAAGAUGUGAAUUUACAAAGCGAUGUUUUUAAAUUUGAUAUAUUAGACACCGAUGAAGGCUUCGUUGGCAUGGGCGGUGGUUCCACCGAUGGCUAUAGUAGCGCAACGAGCAGUACAAAUAAUUCGCCAUUAUUACUCUUAAACAAUGGCACCCCUACUUCUACAAGUCCACAAUAUGAUCUGCCUUCAGGUACAAUACACCAAACUCCUGUUAAAUUUAAGCCGCUAAUUAAGAAAAAAAUUGGGCCUGAUAGCUACAUAAAUACGAUUACAACAAAGAAGGUGCCUGCAACAGAAACUUAUGAAUUUCCUACAUUUCCCGUAAAAGAUAAUGGUAGCUCCAGUUUAGGUAAUGCCUCGCCCGUAAAUCACUUUCCACAUAUACGCCAGCACAGGCCACUCACUCGUGCCAUGUCAAAUGGAAAGGGUGCGGCACAUUGUAAUGUCAUUAAUUACGAUGAUUUGGCUGGUGCUAGUAUGCAUUCGCCACGCUCAUUGCUUUCGCCAAAACGCCAACGUAGCCCACCAUCCGGUUGCUCGACGCGUAGUGCAUCACCCUUAGACGUGAAUUUAAGUCCCGAAACUAGUUCACCCCCAACACCACAGGCACAGUUUAAAUUUGGCUCUGGAUUGGGUAACGCGGGUGUGCCAUCCUCACCAGCUGCGCAUAUACGCCCACAACAGCGUCUAUUAAAACGAGUUGGUGGUGGUGUCGGCGCAAAUCUUGUUUGUCCACCAACACCCACGCAUCAUGCACGACGUCAUCAACGUUUACAAUCCAACUCAUCGGCAUUUGCAGCACAAACUGAUAAUUCCUUUGCAGGUGCUACAGGACUCGCAUCAGCUAAUCAAGGGGAAUAUAAUUUAGCUAUAAUACCAAAGUCACCACCCAUCACAUUCAGCGCUGCAGCAGGCAUCCAAGGAGCUGUUGCGCCAGGUGAACACCAUGUAACUGACACCAGUUUGGGAGAAGGAAAUGAAGUAACAAAUGAAGCAUGCAGCACGCGUUUGCCAUCGAUACCAGAACGUGGUGCUGCAGGUUUUCUACGACGUAAUCCCAUGUUUGAGGGAGAAACCGCUACAGAACCGCUACCACCCGCAUGGGAAGCGCGUAUGGAUAGUCAUGGACGUAUUUUCUAUAUUGAUCAUACGACGCGUACAACCUCAUGGCAACGCCCCGGUACGAAUGGCGGCACAACUCUAAAUGGUGCGGGUCGUGAGCACCAUCAUCGUCAACAAUUGGACCGACGCUAUCAGUCUAUUCGACGCACGAUCACAAGCGAAAAUCGCCUUUCGAUUGCUUCCGCUUAUAAUGCCAACGAUAAUUCUGGAUGCAAUAACACUGCCAAUCAAUUUGCAACUUCAAUACACAACAAUCAAAAUACUGCAAAUAAUAUUAAUAAUAAUAAUAAUAAUAAUAAUACUAAUAACAAUACUAAUAAUAGUAAUAAUAGUACCAAUAAUUUAGGCAAUCUACAAACUUUCAGCCUCUCUGUGCACCCGGCAGUUGUAAUGCUCUGUCGCCCCGACUUCUACUCCAUGUUGCACACAAAUGAGGAUGCAUUAUCGAUAUAUAAUCGCAAUCCGGCAUUAAAACAUAUGAUAAUACGUAUACGACGCGAUCCGCAAUGUUUUCAACGUUAUCAAUAUAAUAAGGAUUUGGUGGCUUUAGUGAAUACAUUCGCACAGCUUAAUCGAGAUUUACCCUCCUGCUGGGAAACGAAACUCGAUCACUCGGGUAAACAAUUUUUCAUUGAUCACAGUAAUCGUAAAACAUCAUUCAUGGAUCCACGCUUGCCUAUCGAAAGUGCACGUAUCGUACGUCAACGACAUCAACUUUACGCUCAUCAAUCACCACAACUUUCAACACAUUAUCCAACUGCACAACAUGCGCAACAGGAUCAAAUACAACAACAACAACAACAACAACAACUACAGCAGCAUCAAAAUAACUUUCAAUAUGAUGUUUUCGAUGGCAAUUGCAUUUCCUCUUCUGGUGUACCGCCAUUGCCACCGCCAAGGCCGCCGAGUACUAUACGCACCGGUCAGAAUGGUACAUUGCGUGGCGCCUCAGGUAGCGCUGUUGGUAAUUACGAGCAAUACAAUGAGGUGCCUGUGGCCUAUAAUGAAAAGGUUAUUGCCUUCUUGCGCCAACCAAAUAUUUUGGAAAUACUACGUGAAAGACAUGGUCAGAAUACAGUUUCACGCUCUCUACGUGAGAAAAUUAAUAUUUUGCGUGUUGAAGGCGUACCGGCUUUGGAACGGUUAGGCCAUGAUUUGCAAUUGACCAUUCUAUUGAGUCUCUUCGAACAGGAGAUUAUGAGCUAUGUUCCUAUUGAAGAACGCAGUCCACAAGGCUCGCCCGUGCUCAAUUCUCGUAUGCCCCAGCGAGCACCGCCACCGUUCCGACGUGAUUUUGAAGCGAAAUUGAGAGGUUUCUAUCGUAAAUUAGAAUCGAAAGGCUACGGACAGGGUCCGCACAAAUUAAAAUUACACAUAAGACGCACACAUUUGCUGGAGGAUGCCUUCAGGCGCAUAAUGUCUGCCAAUAAGAAAGAUUUGCAGCGUGGACGUCUCGCUGUGCUUUGGGAUACGGAAGAAGGUUUAGAUUACGGCGGACCAUCAAGAGAAUUUUUCUUUCUACUUUCACGUGAGCUUUUCAACCCCUAUUAUGGCCUCUUUGAAUAUUCAGCUAACGAUACAUACACCGUACAAGUAUCACCACUCUCCGCUUUCGUGGACAAUUGCCACGAUUGGUUUCGCUUCGGUGGUCGCGUAUUGGGCUUGGCACUCGUACAUCAAUAUCUAUUGGAUGCAUUCUUUACACGACCCUUUUACAAGGCCUUAUUACGCUUGCCCGUCGCAUUGAGUGAUCUGGAAUCGCUUGAUAAUGAGUUUCAUCAAUCGUUGCAAUGGAUACGUGACAAUGAUAUCGGCACCGGCAUUGAUCUUGGUCUAACAUUUUGUGUAACCGAAGAGCUAUUGGGUCAUGUGGUGGAGCGUGAGUUGAAACCGGGUGGUAAGAAUAUUAUUGUUAAUGAGAAGAAUAAAAAAGAAUAUUUGGAACGCAUGAUUAAAUGGCGAUUGGAGCGUGGUGUACAAGAGCAAACGGAAUCGUUGGUGCGUGGAUUUUAUGAGGUGGUCGAUGCACGGCUUGUCUCUGUAUUUGAUGCACGUGAAUUGGAAUUGGUUAUUGCGGGUACGGCGGAAAUCGAUACCAACGAUUGGCGUUUGAAUACGGAAUAUCGUUCCGGUUAUCAUGAUAACCAUCAAGUGAUCAUUUGGUUUUGGCAAGUUAUUGAGAAAUUUACAAAUGAACAACGUUUACGGCUGCUACAGUUUGUCACCGGCACCUCGAGCAUACCGUAUGAAGGCUUCUCGGCGUUGCGCGGUUCAACGGGUCCACGACGAUUUUGUAUUGAGAAAUGGGGCAAACCGAAUGCAUUGCCACGUGCGCAUACAUGCUUUAAUCGCUUAGAUUUACCGCCUUAUCCAACGCCCGAGUUGCUCUAUGAGAAGCUACUGUUAGCCGUAGAAGAAACGAAUACUUUCGGCAUAGAAUAGAUAUGUUUAUUGAGGCUUGUAUGUGUGUGAAGAAGCUUUGUUGUUGUUUGCGUAGAAAAUUUGAAGCGAUUAGGUUAGUUGAUUUUUUGAGUCAGUCGCAAGUUCAUCUUAAUGAAAUAAGUUAAUUUAUUAUAUAUAAAUAACAACGUUGGUAUAAACGAAGUGAAAAGUGAUAUUUUUUAAUUAUGUUUAAUUAUUUAUUUUAGCAUUUAUAUGACGUAUUUAUAUAACGGAUAUUUAUAGUUCUUAAUAUGGCCAGUUUUCCUUAUUUAUCAUAUUUGUCGAAGGUUUUACUUUUAUUGACGUAAUAAACUAAUAGUGUAGGCUUUUUUUUUGUAUUUUUACAAAUUUCCAUACAAAACACAAAAUUUUA